AGCGACAUGACUCCACAGGAGCUGGCGGCUCCUGUCAACACUGUAGCUGAAAAAUGGAAGUUGUUACCAGCCUUCCUGAAGGUGAAAGGUUUGGUAAAGCAGCACAUCGACUCAUUCAACUAUUUCAUUAAUGUAGAGAUCAAAAAAAUUAUGAAGGCAAAUGAGAAAAUCACAAGUGAUGCUGAUCCAAUGUGGUACCUCAAAUACCUCAAUAUCUAUGUUGGCAUGCCGGACGUGGAAGAAAGCUUCAAUGUGACCAGACCAGUCUCUCCCCACGAGUGUCGUCUCAGAGAUAUGACCUACUCUGCGCCCAUCACGGUGGAUAUAGAGUACACCCGUGGCAGUCAGAGGAUAAUUCGCAAUGCGCUGCCCAUCGGAAGGAUGCCCAUCAUGCUGCGAAGCUCGAAUUGCGUUCUCACGGGAAAGACGCCCAUGGAGUUUUCAAAACUCAACGAAUGUCCCCUGGAUCCAGGGGUAACUGGUCUCUGAAGAGAUUCAAGAUGGACCGUCAGGGAGUCACCCAGGUCCUGUCUCGUCUCUCCUACAUUUCAGCUCUCGGCAUGAUGACCAGGAUCUCCUCCCAGUUUGAGAAGACGAGGAAAGUCAGCGGACCGCGCUCCCUGCAGCCGUCACAGUGGGGAAUGCUGUGUCCAUCUGACACUCCUGAGGGCGAGGCCUGUGGUCUGGUGAAGAACUUGGCUCUGAUGACGCACAUCACCACCGACAUGGAGGACGGUCCCAUCAUCAAGCUGGCCUUCAACCUCGGGGUGGAAGAUGUGAACCUGUUGUGUGGAGAGGAGCUCUCCUACCCGAGCGUGUUUCUCGUCUUCCUCAAUGGUAACAUCCUCGGUGUGAUCCGAGACCAUCAGAAGCUGAUCAACACUUUCAGGUUGAUGCGCAGGGCGGGUUUCAUCAAUGAGUUUGUGUCCAUCUCCACAAACCUGAGCGACCGCUGCGUCUACAUCUCAUCUGAUGGAGGACGACUCUGCAGACCAUACAUCAUCGUAAAGAAGGGAGUUCCAAUGGUGAAAAACAAGCACAUCGAAGACCUGUCUCAGGGCUACAGAACUUUUGAGGAUUUCCUACAUGAAGGCCUGGUGGAGUAUCUGGAUGUCAACGAGGAGAACGACUGUCAGAUCGCCCUUUAUGAAUACAUGAUUAACAAAGACACAACACACUUGGAGAUCGAGCCCUUCACACUGCUCGGGGUGUGUGCCGGACUCAUUCCCUACCCCCACCACAACCAGUCACCCAGGAACACAUACCAGUGUGCUAUGGGCAAGCAGGCAAUGGGGACUAUCGGCUACAACCAGAGAAACCGCAUCGACACCCUGAUGUACCUGCUGGCCUAUCCUCAAAGGCCGAUGGUCAAAACAAAAACCAUUGAGCUGAUUGAUUUUGAGAAGCUGCCGGCUGGUCAGAACGCCACCGUGGCUGUGAUGAGCUACAGUGGCUAUGAUAUUGAGGACGCUCUGGUCCUCAACAAAGCCUCACUGGACAGAGGAUUUGGACGGUGCCUUGUCUACAAAAAUACAAAAUGCAUACUGCGGCGUUACACCAAUCAGACUUUUGACAAGGUGAUGGGCCCCAUGUUGGAUGCUGCAACACGAAAACCCAUCUGGAGGCACAGCAUCCUGGAUGCUGAUGGUAUCUGCUCCCCUGGUGAGAGAGUGGAGAACAAGCAGGUGCUGGUGAACAAAUCUAUGCCGACUGUCACGCAGACACCACUGGAGGGCAGUACCCAGCCAGGCCAGCCCCAGUACAGAGACGUGCCCAUCAGUUAUAAGGGGUCAACGGACUCGUACAUCGAAAAGGUCUUGAUCUCGUCCAAUGCUGAAGACGCCUUCCUCAUCAAGAUCCUCCUGAGGCAGACCAGGAGACCUGAAAUAGGCGACAAAUUCAGCAGUCGACACGGACAGAAAGGUGUUUGUGGCCUCAUCGUCCCACAGGAGGACAUGCCGUUCUGUGACACAGGGAUCUGUCCAGAUAUCAUCAUGAACCCUCAUGGAUAUCCCUCCAGAAUGACGGUGGGAAAGUUGAUUGAACUCCUGGCUGGGAAGGCGGGGGUCCUGGAUGGGCGCUUCCACUAUGGCACAGCCUUCGGAGGCAGCAAGGUGAAGGAUGUGUGUGAGGAUCUCAUCCGUUAUGGAUACAACUACCAGGGCAAAGACUACGUCACUUCAGGCAUCACUGGAGAACCUCUGGAGGCUUAUAUCUACUUUGGACCUGUGUAUUACCAGAAACUGAAGCACAUGGUUCUUGACAAGAUGCACGCCAGAGCCCGAGGCCCCAGAGCCGUUCUCACCAGGCAGCCCACGGAGGGUCGCUCCAGAGAUGGAGGUCUGCGUUUGGGUGAGAUGGAACGUGACUGUCUGAUCGGCUACGGAGCGAGCAUGUUGCUCCUGGAGCGCCUCAUGAUUUCCAGCGACGCUUUCGAGGUGGACGUGUGUGGGCAGUGCGGGCUGUUGGGAUACUCUGGGUGGUGUCAUUACUGUAAGUCGUCCUGCCACGUCUCCUCCCUGCGUAUCCCCUAUGCCUGCAAACUCCUCUUCCAGGAGCUGCAGUCCAUGAAUAUCAUCCCUCGACUCAAGCUGUCGCGCUACAAUGAGUGAGCAGGACAGAGACGGGACGUGUGAGUCACAGGUUUAGAGCGAGAGUUAUAAGUUGAUUUGUGAAUGUUUGAUCGAGCGACAAACAAGCAGAAAGAAGCUGAAACAGGACUAUUUUUGUUGUUGUUUAAAAUCUGAAGACUUUUUUCCUGUUUCUUUUUUUUUUAAUGUUUAUUCUUUCUCUGUUUGUGUACAUAAUAAAUAAGUUGAUGUUUUUUCUUAAACUUUGACUUCUUUCAUUACAAAUAUCAAAAGGUUGCCCUUUGAGGGCAAAAUCUCCAGGAUGUCACCAACUUUAAAUUGUUUGUCCUGAAACAUGUUUUGACCGCAAGAUCUUUUGAACAUCCUGACCUGGGUCAUAUUUCCCCACUUUUUUUUUCUGUCUGCUUUUCUCCUGUCUAAUAAAUGUUAAGUAGGAUUUUGAAGCUGGAAACUUUGAGAUCGGCUGUAGCAGUGCAGUGUGAAGAAAACAUACCCUAGAGUCAAAGAGGUCCCAUAAUAACUUCUUUUCAGUAGAUUCACUCUUCACUGCUGAUUUAAUCACUUAAAUUCAAAAAGAUAAAAGCAGGUGCGUGCAGCUACAUGCCAGAUAUCCAACCCAAGGACACUAUAAAGCUAAAUGGUAGAAUUAAGUGAGUGAAUCUAAUCAGUAUCGUCACCUUAAAUAUAAACUGAUCUUUGUUACCCACGAUCAGUGUCCUGUAUGGCUGUAAACUUUGUCACUUACUGCAAAUUAACCAGUGUAACCUGCCCCAGCGUUUUCAUGCAGCCUGCACCGUGAACACAUGAUGUGUGUGUGUAAGGGGGCCAUUGUUUUUUAUUACCUGAAUUAACAAAUUCUGUUGUAUUAUGCUUUAACCUGCCUUAACUUUAAAAUUAAUUAACUAGGAAUUAACUAAAACUAGAUGUGAAAACAUUUUGGUUACCUAAAAUAAAAAAAAUUAGUUAUUUGUUUUUCAAAACUUUAAUGGAACAAUGUUGUGAAAUUGGGAGAUUAACUGAAAAAAACCCCCCAAAACAACAAAUUUAGAUGACAAUUUUGUAUUUGUUAGUUUUGUGAGACUUAUUCUCACAGCUUGUCUGAUGAGACUUUGAUGGAUGUAUUUAUUGAGGCUUCAGAUGUCUACAACACUGUGAGACUUUUUUUUCCGUAAAUCUUACCUCUGGUAUAUGUCAUAAAUACGAUACUUAGGACAAAAACUACCCUGAAAAUAAUUUUUAAUAACUGCUUAUUUUUAGUUGUAAACAAUAAAAUCUGAACUGAAAUGAGCAAACCCGCUCAGGAAACGAAAUCAAACUAAACUGGAUUAAAAUGAAAAACACAAUUUAAAAACUCCUUAGAAAAUUCAAAGUAAUAAUAAUAAUGUUAUUAUAAAGUUGCUCUGUGGGAAUCGUACUGAGUCUGAGAAUUACCUGCCCAGGUGGCGGCCAUGCAAACUCAAAACACAUUAAAAAUGCAACAACAAAAAAUACAACGUCAUAUACAACGCCAGUAACAUUUUAUACUAUACACAAACACCCUUACCCAGUGUUGCUUUAAAGAUAAAGAAAGGGCUGUUUUCUGCAAGUGGUGACCACCGUCCUGUCAAAUCAUAAAGAAUCUGUAAUAAAACAGAGAUGCCUGAAAUAAAAGUGAAUGCACUGCAUCACUGUAAAUAAUGUUUUUGUUAUGAAUUUAACCCAAGAAGUAAUGAAAACAAAAUAGUGUGCAUUUAACACUUUGUGCAUUUAUACUGAGGUGUGAAAACGGGACGUUGUCAAGUCUUUUUUCAUUUGGGAAGGAGUUAAAGUACAAUUUUAAGACAUGUAUUAACCUUUUAGAAUUUACAGGUGUGAAUAGUGAUUACUCACAAAGCAUCAGCUGAUGUUUGUGUUAGUUAAACGUGUAAAUGAGAAUCAGAGCACAGUUUUAUAGUUAUCAAUGCAGAAAUCCUGAUGAUUUAAAGCCUUUUCGUAGAAAGAGCAAAUAGUUUGUGCUCUGAUAUCAGUGCAUCUUUAUGCAGCUGAUACACGCACAGAAAAUAAGCAUUCAAAUGUUCUAGAAUUCAUCUCAUGGAACAAUAAGUAUCUUUUUAUUAUUAUAUAUAAUCAGCAGUGUACAGUUAAUUUUUUUUUACAUUUUUAACUGAUUUUUGGAAGAUUAAUUUUGUUUGAUCACAAUCAAAAACACGAGUGGCUGAAGUCUCUCGGUAGAGAGAGCAGGAUGUCUCCUGUUUGAAUUCAAUAGGAGUGGACAGCUGGAUGCUCGAUGCAGCAGCUUUGUUGACGUUACCAGGGAGAGAGCAGCUUUAAGUCAUAUGAUUUCCUCUUUAAAGUGAAGCCCUAAUGCCACCAACUUGUCGUAUGUGGCGUAACCACAUACCCCCUACUCCCACGUGCACACACAACUCUAUUGGGGCCUUUUCACUAAACAAAGCAGAGCACAUCCGUUUGUGCGGGCAGAGUGUGUGAGAAUGGGAUGGGUGGAAAAGGGCUCUUUUUAGUUGCUGCACCUGUCCUAUUUUACGAGGCACUAAUAAGCAGAUAACAGUCACUAGGCUGGGAAAAAAUGAGUGAGAGCCAUUGAAAUUAGGCUGAAAUUAAUUAGGUCCUCCUCUGAAGUCCUGACUUUGCGUGGCCAGCAUCUAGAGCUUUGAGAGUUGAGUCAAAAAUGAAGAUUUCCCUGAACUUUCACCCAAUCCAGCAGCUCUUUCCUUCCUGUUUGAGCCCGAUUUGAUGCUUACCUCUGUCCUAACUAAGCGUGGCCCUGUGUCCGUCACCCGUCGCUGAGUGUCAGCAGUGGUGUCCACGCCUGCGCACUGCGAGUGAAAGUCCUUCUUUGCGCUCCAUGGUGUGGUGAGUAAUUCAGCCAUAAUCCGCCUUUCUCCUCUCCCCUCUUCUUUCCCCUCUCCUCUCCCCCUCUCCUGCGGUUCCAUUCAUAUUCUAAUCACAGCUUUCCCUUCUCCAGCUCUCAGGCACUCCAUCAGAGCCCUCCCAGCCUCGGGUUUUGCACUUUUACUUCCCCCCCUUUGUGACCGUUCCCUCUUCUCAGAGGCAUACCAAAAAUAAGGUUGCAAAAAAAAAGAGGUGAGAACUCCACCAAAACAUUCACACUGGUGCAGUUUCAUCAUGUAUGGAUGUGUGUUGCGCCGCAGCUCUGGAAAAGUUACCACAAUAGUGCUUUGGGGGGUUUGAAUGAGGAGUGAGGAGCAGCACAAAUGCAGGCAACAAGUGUGUGAGGGAUGUGAAGUGGGAGUUAAAACCAGAAGGAAAGGCAAGAGUGGUGGUUGUGUAGAGAUGUAUGUUUAUUCGGAGCUCGGGGGUGUAUAAAAACGUAUUAAAUGCCAUAAUGGAAGACGGGGAGGCCACAGUGUUAGGACUGCGUAGAUCUAAGCCUCUUUU